AUGUCUCACGAGGAGGAUCUCAUCGACUACUCCGACGAGGAGCUUCAGACCACUGACGCAGCAGCCACCACCGCUGCCCCCGCCGCAAAUGGGGCCCAGGACAAGAAGGGCGACUUGACAGUUUCCGGCGGCCGCCCGGAUAAGAAGGGAAGUUAUGUCGGUAUUCACUCGACCGGUUUCCGCGACUUCUUGCUCAAAGGGGAACUUCUACGUGCCAUCACCGAUUGCGGUUUCGAACAUCCAUCGGAGGUCCAGCAAGUCUGCAUUCCCACUGCAAUCCUUAACGUCGAUGUUCUCUGUCAGGCCAAGUCUGGUCUUGGAAAGACCGCAGUUUUCGUUCUCACUACACUCCACCAACUCGAACCCGUACCUGGAGAAUGCUCGGUUCUUGUCAUGUGCCACACUCGUGAAUUGGCGUACCAGAUCAAGAAUGAAUAUGCCAGAUUCAGCAAAUACCUGCCCGAUGUGAAGACCGCUGUCUUCUACGGUGGUACGCCCAUCCAGAAAGACAUCGAGGUGUUGUCAAACAAAGAGACAUAUCCAAACAUCGUUGUCGGCACACCUGGUCGUCUCAAUGCUCUGGUCCGCGAGAAGAAGCUUUCUCUGCGCAACGUUAAGGCGUUCGUGUUGGAUGAAUGUGAUAAGAUGCUUGAUCAGAUCGAUAUGCGCCGGGAUGUCCAGGAGAUUUUCCGUGCCACCCCCGCCGAUAAGCAAGUCAUGAUGUUCAGUGCAACCCUCUCCCAAGAGAUCCGGCCCAUCUGCAAGAAGUUCAUGAGAAACCCUCUUGAAGUUUACGUAGAUGAUGACACCAAGCUCACACUCCACGGUCUCCAACAAUACUACAUCAAGCUCAGUGAAUCUGAGAAGAACCGGAAACUCAAUGAGCUUCUGGACAGCCUUGAGUUCAACCAGGUCAUUAUCUUCGUUAAAAGCACACUGCGGGCGAACGAGUUGGACAAGCUGUUGCGCGAGUGUAACUUCCCCAGUAUUGCGGUGCACUCUGGUGUCAGUCAGGAGGAGCGUAUCAAACGUUACAAGGAGUUUAAGGAGUUCAACAAGCGUAUCUGUGUUGCCACCGAUGUUUUCGGUCGUGGUAUUGAUAUUGAGCGUAUCAACCUGGCUAUCAACUACGACUUGCCUGCUGAUGCCGAUUCGUAUCUGCACCGUGUUGGUCGUGCUGGUCGGUUUGGAACCAAGGGUCUAUCCAUCUCAUUUGUCAGCAGCGAGGAGGAUGAGAAGGUGCUCAAGGAAAUUGAGAAGCGAUUCGAAGUUGCCCUUCCUGAAUAUCCCGAGGGCGGUGUCGACUCCAGCACUUACAUGGCGUGA